ACACACACACACAGACAUAGUGAGCCUGCAAAGCGCGAACACGUACGACGUGUGCGCAGGCAGCUUCUUCCGGUCUACCAAGAAAAUAGAAUGGUUCGUGGCGUCCAUUGCGGUGGUGCAUGCGCCGUCCUCCUGGCCAUCGCCGUCGCGCUCGGCCUCGGCGUCCGCGGCGGCGCGGCGCAGCUGCACGACAAGUUCUACGACGGGUCGUGCCCCGGCGUGCACGGGGUCGUUCGGCGGGUGCUGAGGGAGGCGCACAAGGCCGAUAAGCGCAUCUACGCCAGCCUCACGCGCCUCCACUUCCACGACUGCUUCGUGCAGGGAUGCGACGGGUCGAUUCUGCUGGACAACAGCACGAGCAUCGUGUCGGAGAAGUACGCCAAGCCGAACAACAACUCGGUGCGCGGGUUCACGGUGGUCGACGACGUGAAGGCGGCGCUCGAGAAGGCCUGCCCCGGCGUCGUCUCCUGCGCCGACAUACUCGCCAUCGCCGCCAAGGUCUCCGUCGAACUGUCCGGAGGCCCCCGGUGGCGCGUCCCGCUCGGCCGGCGCGACGGCACCACGGCCAACAUCACCGCCGCCAACAGCCUCCUCCCGAGCCCCCGCAACAACCUCACCAUGCUCCAGCGCAAGUUCGCCGCCGUCGGCCUCGACGACACCGACCUCGUCGCCCUCUCAGGCGCGCACACGUUCGGCCGCGCGCGGUGCCAGUUCGUGACGGACCGGCUCUACAACUUCAGCAAGACGGGCAUGCCGGACCCGACGCUGGACGUGGGCUACCGGGCGCAGCUCGCCGGGAGAUGCCCGCGGCGGCACGGGAACAGGUCGGCGCUCAACGACCUCGACCCGACCACUCCGGACACCUUCGACAAGAACUACUUCACCAACCUCCAGGGCAACCGCGGGUUCCUCCAGUCCGACCAGGAGCUGCUCGCGGCGCCCGGCGCGCCCACGGCGGAGAUCGUCGGCCGGUUCGCGAGCGACGAGAAGGCUUUCUUCACGAGCUUUGCCGCGGCCAUGAUCAACAUGGGGAAUAUUAAGCCGCUCACGGGUGGGCACGGUGAGGUUCGGAGGAACUGCAGGAGAGUCAAUGGAAGCUAGCUAGAGCGACAGAGUGGAGCAAGCAUGGUUUAGGUUGUACCAUGUACCAUAUCUAUGUCAUGCUUACAAGACAAGCGUGCACUACAUUAUUGAACCUUUUUAAUUUACUCGAAAA